GUGCGUCCGCCGCUGUCCACACGACCAGUCGCAAUCGUGCUUUCGCUGUGAACCUUGGUCCCCCUUGUGUCGCGUCCGAGGUGCGCUAUCGCCCGGCAGCACAGGCGGCUUACACACGCUGCGCGGCCCGCCACGCCACACACACACGCUGCCAGAGAUAGCCGAGGGGCUUGUCGGCCGCGACGAGGUUCCAGGAGCGCCGCCGCGGCCCAUUUUUUUCGGCUGUCUCGGCCUCGGCUUGGAACUCUUCGUCCCUCAGGCCCGAUCUGCCCAUCCUCGACCCAACCCCGCCAUCGCCCUUCGUCUCCGCGCCUUCGCUCUGCAACCAUGCGUCUCGUUAUCCGCGAUGAUCCCGGCCAGGUAGCCCAGUACAUUGCUACCUACAUCAAGGACAGAAUCAACACCUUCAACCCCACCCCCGAGAACCCCUUCGUCAUUGGCCUGCCCACCGGUUCCUCGCCCGUGCAGGUCUACAAGCGUCUCGUGGAGUUCCACAAGGCCGGCGAGCUCUCGUUCAAGCAUGUCGUCUCCUUCAACAUGGACGAAUACGUCGGUCUUCCUCGCGAUCAUCCCGAGUCGUACCACUCGUUCAUGUGGAACAACCUCUUCAAGCACAUCGACAUUCUCCCCGAGAACGUCCACAUCCUGAACGGCAACGCCCCCGAUCUCGAGCUCGAGUGCCAGCAGUACGAGGAGAAGAUCGCCUCUGUCGGCGGCAUCGAGCUCUUCUUGGGCGGCAUCGGCCCCGAUGGCCACAUUGCCUUCAACGAGCCCGGCUCGUCGCUCUCCUCGCGCACCCGCAUCAAGACCCUCGCUUACGAUACCAUCCUCGCCAACUCGCGCUUCUUUGGCGGCGACAUCAACAAGGUUCCCAAGCUGGCUCUGACCGUCGGUGUUGCCACCGUCAUGGAUGCCCGUGAGGUCCUCCUGAUCAUCACCGGUGCCCACAAGGCUCUCGCCAUCGCCAAGUGCAUUGAGGAGGGUCUCAACCACAUGUGGACGGUCUCGGCCAUCCAGCUUCACCCCCGCGGCAUGAUUGUCUGCGACGAGGAUGCCACCCUCGAGCUGCACGUCAAGACCGUCAAGUACUUCAAGUCGAUCGAGAAGGUCCACGAGCUGCUGCACGUUGGCGGUGAUGGCCGCAUUGCUCCCCGCAAGGCUGGCGAGUCCAUGGAGGAGUAAAUAUCAUCCCCUCAUCACCCUCACAACAGAAAGGCGCCAUUGUUCAUCCCAUUCCUCCUCCUCCUACCUGCCUCCAAUGGUGCGUUUUUUCCUCCCCUCUCCCUUCCACCCAAUGAUCAGUCCAGCUGGCUCAGGACAGACACGGAAAGAUGCGUAAAUGCUGAUUUGUUGAUUGUGCUGCUCCGUUUCUCCUUCUGGGGCAUGCUUGUGCCUGAAACUGGUCAUUUGUACUCUAUAUCUCUGAUUGCCGGCGACCGCCUCCAUCCCCCUUAUUCUCCCACACCGCCUUCUCUCGCCAGCCAGAAACACAGAGAAAGGCCUCUCUUGUCUAUACAAAUAUAUUUACAUCCCGCACAAA